AUGAUAUUCGGUCGCUGGACGCGUAAGCAAAUACUCACCAUGUUCGGUUUGGGUGGUGCUGUUGUGGGUGCCAUAAUUGUAAUCGCUGUGCUCAACAGCGGUGUGUCUUCCAAGGAGAUGCCAAUGCCCUGGGAAGAUGCAGCCACAUCCCAGUGCCACAAGACGCAUCCCAACACAAGCCACUCAACACUGGAACUAGUCCACAUUGUCUUCAGACAUGGCAUUCGCACCCCAGUGGAUACGUACCCCAACGAUCCCUAUUUGAGAGAUGGCUUCAAGCCAACGGGCUGGGGACAUGUCACCAAUUCUGGCAAACGUGAGCUCUACGAAAUAGGCCGUUGGCUGCAUCGUCGCUACAGCGACUUUAUGGGACCCUACUAUAGACCCGAUCGUUUGCAUGCACAAGCCACAGCCUCACCUCGCGCAAUGAUGUCCCUCCAGACGACACUGGCCAGCAUGUUUGAGCCCCGGGGAACGGCAAUGGAGUGGAACAAGAAACUAAACUGGCAACCCAUUCCUAUAGUAUCGGAGCCUCUAGACCAAGAUUCGCUUUUGCUGGUUCGAACGCCGUGUCCGCGAUAUUUUGAGGCCUGGGAAGAGGUAUUCAAGCGGCCCGAGGUGAUUGCCGAAACGAAGCCGUACGAGCAAAUGUUCCGGGAGCUAACCAAUCUCACAGGGAUGGCGGUGAAGAAUGCCGAGGAUGUUAACUCCCUUUACAUCACACUCCUGGCAGAGCAAGAGUUUGGCUAUGAGCUGCCUGCUUGGACCAAGGAUUACUUCCCCGAUCGCAUGCAGUUCCUGGCGGAACAGAGCUACAUCUAUAAUGCCUACACACCGGAGAUGCAGAAGAUCAAGGGUGGGCCCUUCCUCAAGAGGAUGUAUAAGGAGAUGUCUGAAAAGAGAGAUGGCAGUCUGAAGCCCAAGGAUCGGGGGAUGUACAUUUAUGCUGGACAUGACUGGACUGUGGGCAAUAUACUAUCUGCUUUAGGGGUGUGGAAGCGUCAAAUGCCUAGGUUUGCUGUCAUGGCUAUCUUUGAGACGCACAGAGAUAAGGAGACAGGCGAAUACUAUAUGGAGAUCUUUCUCCGCAACGACGAACACGGCUGCCUAGAGCAGUUGAAGCUGCGUGACUGCGAUCGUCAGUGCCCCCUGAGUCGCCUCAUCGAACUAAGCAGCGAGGUGCUACCCAACGAGCCAAUGGAGCAGCGGUGUCGACCACACAGCCCUGAUUUUGUGGAACCGCCGCCGCGUCUGAUCGAUCAGAAUGCGGGACGCUAGCAAUAAUUGGGUACGGGCAAUUUUUUGCACUGAUGCUGCUCAGUCGCCGUGAACUCAGUAUUAUAAUAGCAGACGAAUGAGAGUUGUGUUAAACAGAAAAAUAAUACAAAUAAAUUAUAUAAAAAACCCCCAAAAAAUAAAGAGUCAAAAGUUCA